UGUUAGCCGCCGCUUAGCUGGAGAACCAGCUGAAGUUGUGAUUGCAAACCCUCACGUUUGUCAUGCAGGUAGAGAACACCCACCCGAGGUGUUUCCUGGGUUUGCUGAGCUGCCUAUUCUUGGCUGGUCUCUACGUUGGCAGUUUGUACGUCUGGAGAAGCAGCUCACCAAGGGAUCAUCCCAGUGUGAUAAAGCGUCGCUGUGCUAGUGUGCUGCUGGUCUCUGUAGUGUCACCUGCAGUUGUGAAGACAUGGAUACACUGGGUUGAUGUCAAGGCGGACGUGUCUGUGUGGGAGUUGAUGGGACUUCGCAUGGACGGUUUGGUUGCUGCAUCCAUAUUACCUUUAUUACUUACUAUGGUUUUUUAUCUCGGCCCACUGGUUCACUCCGCUAUAGACAACCCCAAAGGCUUCACCGGGGAAAUGCAGUGUGCACUGGAUGUUCAGUCAUGGAGGCGGUGUGCGGGGGACGCAGUGUGGCUCAGAAACCAGGUGGUGGCACCAGUGACAGAGGAGCUGGUGUUCAGAGGGGCCAUGCUUCCUAUGUUGGUGCCCUGCACGGGACCCACAGGCGCUAUCGUCACCGCUCCACUGUUCUUUGGAGUUGCUCAUUUCCACCAUGUCAUAGAGGAGCGACGCCUUGGGAAAGAGAGCAUGAGUGUCAUCCUUCUGGUGGCAGGGAUGCAGUUCUUGUACACAACUGUUUUUGGUGCUUUUACUGCCUUUAUAUUCAUGAGAACUGGGCAUGUUGUCGGUCCAGUUUUGUGCCAUUCAUUUUGCAACAGUCAGGGCCUGCCUGACAUCCGCUCUGCCCUGCAACACCCUCACAGUUCAGCUCUGCUCUUCUCAUAUCUGAUGGGAGGCCUGCUGUUUCUGGUGCUGCUCUUCCCGCUGACAGACCAGUACUUUUAUGGUCCCAUUCCCAUCUGCAGCCUGGCUCCCCCUCCAGGGUCGGUUUGCUGAAUGAAAUCGAAUUAAGUUAAAUGCGCUCCAGCUCUCCUUCUUUUACUCUGGAUUUCAUUUUGUGAUGUAAAAAGUUGCUGUUUUUUUUUCUUUUUAACAAAACUAAAAAUCUAUGCGUGUAUAUAUGUCUAUGCGUGGGUGGGUCAGCAUGAGAGCAGAAUGAUUAGAGCAGUUUAGACAUUUCCUGCAUGGUUAAAAAUAUUUCCUACUGUAUUGAAACUCAAUGCCAGUACAACUUUCCCCGGUUAAAAG